AUGCGACGCAUCUCAUCUUUGAAAGAAUAUGUUUCCUUAAAGGAAGAGGCAGUUAAGGGAUUGGGCCUCGUUGUUCACUUCAGUGCUGCUUGGUGCGAGCCCUGCAAAGAGGUACGGAGGCUGCUGGAGGAGUAUUCGUCUCAAUAUAAAGAAAAGGUUCUUUUUGCCGAGGUGGAUGGAGAUCUUGCCAAGGAGGUUUCUGAGUCUGAGGGUGUGGAAUGUGUUCCCUUUAUUAUAUUUUUCAGAACUUCCUCUCGAGAAAAAGCAGAGGAGCGAGUUGCUGACGUGGUUGGCGCCAAAGUUGACCAAAUCGAAAUGAACAUGGUGUCCUUGUAUGGAAAUGGAAGUGACACUCAAGAGUCUUUCCCUGGACUUACUGAAUACCUCAAGUACCUUACUUCCCGCAAAGGUGUCGUCGUCUUCGUCACGGGCACCCCGUCGAGGCCUCGGUGCGGCUUUACAGGGAGGCUUUUCGAAAUGUUUCAUGAGCUUGGGGUAAAAUUUAUUUACUAUGAUGUCUGGGCGAGUGACGAGGUUUGUGAGGGCCUCAAGAAGUACUCUGACUGGCCAACGUUUCCGCAGGUUUAUGUUGAUGGCGAGUUAAUUGGGGGAUUCGAUGUUUGCUCGCAACUAAAGGAGACUGGCGAGCUCAAGACUGUAUUGAAAAUGUAG